ACCUUUUUAGAGUGGAUAGAAUAGAUAGAAAUGCCCGAAGUGGCGAGACAUGAGCGUCACGUGAUGGAUUGGGAAGAUGAUCAGGAGGAUCAUGUUUCGUUGACAUAUUAUCCCAAGCAGGAAAUCAUUCAUUCGGUUUUGUGUUUGUUUUUUUCUGAUUCUUGAAGCGGUUGGCUCUUGCUUUUGACGGACUUGUGAGUUGCAGGAGGAUGGUGCGCGUUAUUUCCGUGCACCACUUCACACGACAGGAUGUGGCAGGACUUGAGCAUGCAGGGGGAAGAGGUGUCAGUCGAGGAAAGUUUGACAUCCUGCUGGUGGGAGGAGAACACAAGGUGGAUGUUCGAGACCUGAAGCUAGGUGGAGUCCUCAAUGGAAGCUUCCCGACAGUGGAUCUUGUUCAACAGCUGGCUUACUGUGAAACAGGAAAUUAUGUGUGUACCUUGGAGACCAAGCCAGCUCGACAUGGGGGAGACCACAGGUAUGUGAGGGUGUACCUGAAUUGGGAUCAGGACAACACAAAUCAGCCAAUGAGGGCUCGUAUUGCUGGCCGUGUCACUCCUAGCAGCCAGUCUGGGGUUGCUAACUUGGAGAUGGUGGAAAUACCCCUACGUAAACCGGCAGAAUACAUUGCUUGUUGCCAGUCAACAGGCAACAUUGCUGUUUCAUGUGGAAUAAGUGUGACCAUCUUCAGGUUCUGCCACAAGACCCAUGAUAUCUCCAAAUUGAAAUUCAUUGACUUCGAAGAGCUCAUCGAGCUGGACAUGUCUUUCAUUGUCAAAGAAGUAGCCAUAUCGGAAGAUCUGAUUGGCUGCGUCUCAGAAUCAGAAGCACAUAUAUUUCAGGUGACAAUAAACUCACAUCUUCUCAAGGCAUCCUCAGAGGAGAAGGAGACUAAGCCACAGGAAAAGAGGAGCAAGUCCCGCUCUAAGUCUAAGACGCGAUCGGCCUCUCGGUCCCCAGGAAGAAGCAUUGACUCUCUCAGUUCAAGCAGCAGACUGAGGGGUAAGCGCUCCAGUCCAAAAGAGGAAUCUAUGAGUGUCAUCCGCAAUUCAGAGGACUAUGUAGACCUCAGUGAACUGACCUGGGUCCCAACAUUGUCCUAUGGCCGCAAGAAGCCCUCUGAGGACCAGCGCAUCUUGCUCUUUCCAUCACUUGUGGGGGCCGCACACUGUGGGCCUUUGGCUGAGCCAGGCGAGAUCAUCGGCCCAAUCAAUUCUUCACGUUGCUCUAACGUUAGGGUGAAGUUAGUGAGUGGAAGUUCAGCUCAGAAGGUGCCUCAGAAUGUCUUUGAAGCCGUGACACUCAUUCAUCGCCGAGCAGAUCACAAUAAUGAUCCAGACAUUCCAUUUUCCAACCUGAAGGUCAUGGCUGUUUAUGAUGCUGAGGCAGGAAAGAAAGGCGGUGCUUCUACUCCAAGACGAGCAUCACAUCCCUUGCUCCCUCAAGGCUCAGCCAGAAAAGUAGGGGCUUCCAUUUUCCUGACAACACCUCAUGUGGGCCAGCUUUAUCAUGUCACGCUGUCUGAUGAUCCCUUUGGGCACAGUGUAGUCCGUGGUGGAGUAUUUUCAUACACAGCGCCUGUCUACUCUGUGGCCUUGGAACCAUCGCUCUUGCAUGCGCUUACACUCACUGGCCUUGAAACAUACACAUUAAGGCCUCAUCCACAUGUCGUUGUCUCUCAUUUACCUGAGGAUCUGAAUAUGAUUGUUCCUCCACACUGGGAAGAGACAGUGUGUCUAGUGGGUCUACGACCUUUCCUUAACGUUGAAAGCUUGACCUUGACCGAUUCCUGUCUUGCACUCAUUGCUGCAAAUAAUGAAGGUGGAGACAAAUCCCACACUGUUUACUCACUUCACCUCCCGAGUGCCGCCAGCCUCUACAAAGAGAUGGUGCGAGUUGGACGUAGCCAUAGGUCUGCCUCCCCCUCUACCUACCUGCACCUGCUCCUUGAGGCUCACCUAGUCCUUACCACCGCCCUCCAGCAUGAAGUGCCAACAGAGGAUGAGGCAGAGGAGGACCUGUACUCUCUCUUACAGGAUUCAUCUGCAUUAUUGGGAGAUUAUUAUGCCCAAUGUGAGAAUGAAGCAGAGUGGCGUCAAGCAACACAGUAUUACCAGGUAUCCAGCCUGAGUCCAGAUGCAGUGAUUGAGAGACUCGAACUCACCUGCCCUGGUUUGGUUGCCGUUAUCUCCUCUCUCUUGCUACACCCUAAUACUCCAUCAUUAACAGCUGCACAGGCUAAUUGUGUGCUGGAAAUGCUGGAGAAAAUAGCACCAGAGAAAGUUUCAACUAUUAUUCUCAAGUCUACAUGCUUUACAGAGUACAAGAAAGAUAAGGUGCUAAGCAUAAUCAAGCAAGAGUUAUCCAAGACAAAUGAGCCACGACCCACGGAUGUGCUAGCUCUUGCCCUCGUCUUUUUGGACAGGGGAUCUCCUGAACAGGUCUCAACUGUUUUAGCUUCACUAAGAGCCUAUCAGCUUGUUGUGGCUUUGCUGCAACACUCACGUCUUCUAUUCACAGUUGAGGAUGGAUCAACCAGGCUCUCACCUUUAGCACAAGUUUUAGCAGAGCACAAGAAAGAAGUUUUCACCGAAGUAUUUGUGUCUCUCAUUGGUGAAGGGUCACUCACUCUUAAUGCCUUUGUUGAUGCAUUCAUAGCUGUUUAUCCCAUUAUGUCAUGUGGGCCAGAGUGUAACACCCAUUCUCUUCGUCUGCGAGAUUUCCUUGAAAAGUUCUUCUUGGAGUAUGCACAUAAUGCUGAAAUUACAGAUCAGAGGGAGAGAUAUGACAGGGCUAUCACAGUCCUUGUUAGCCUCUAUCUAGCCAGCUUGAUGGGUGCUUUCGGUGAUAAAACCAAGGAAGACCCCAACUGGUGUGACCAACGUGCUGCAUUGAAGGAACUCUAUGCUCCUCGACCAGUCUUCCUCAAUCUGUUGCCACCAUUCAAUGUGCAAAAGAAAAUAGAGAAGGAGGAGAGCCAGAGUGAUAAACCAGAAGGGCAGUCAAGCCCAGGACAGGAAGAGGAGGAGGAAGAGGAAGAAGGAAGUGGCAACCUUUCUUCUUCUUCUUUGCAUCUUGUUGUUCUCCAGUCUCUGCUGAGUUCAGAUUUGCCAUCUGCUGAAGAUCGUAACAAUGUCCUCAAGUUUGUGACAUCGAACCCUGAGGCUCUGGGAGCCCAGUCUCUCCGGAUUCUGUGCCUCGACCCACAGAAGCAGCUGGAGUAUAUACUCAGUGAAUUUCCUCCAGUGCUUCUUCAGUAUGGAAAGGAUAUGUAUGAAUCAGCAGCCGAAUGGGAGGAAUUAGUUUAUAAGCUGAUCAACCACAAAUCAAGCUUGUGUGAAUCAGACCCAUCGUAUUCAGUGUAUUCUGAUGUUUUGAAUGAUGUUCUGAGUGAGCUGGUGAUGACUGCACCUCUUGAUGUCUUCAUACGCAUAAUCCCCAAGAAUCGCCAUGAAGAACUGCGUGGUCACAUCCGGCAAUGCCAUUCAGCCGCCUUGGCACUCCACCUGCGCUCUUCGCUAAUUUCUUAUGCCCACAAUGUAUUAAUGCAAAUGUCAAAGUGAGGCAAACACAAAUGCAUUUUUAACCCAAUGCCGACGGGAAAAUGUUGCGUUCACUUUAGUAUUGUUUUGUUAAAUGUUUCUGUACAUAGAUGGCUCUACCAGUGCUUAGCUACAAAGGAGUCAAUUAGUAGAUCUUGUGACCUCACCUUUCCUUGAAAUAGAGGGAAAAAGAUUUUUUUUUUCUUUUUCUUUUUUUAACUAAUGUUAUCAACAUUGACACUGUUAUUUUUGUUAUAAACAUUAUAUUACUAUUUUGUUAUUGACAUAACUAACAGCAGUGUUAAACACUAGAAAAUAUCAUUGAAAAUUAAGGAAAAGGGUAAACAGGUGAGACAAGUAAUUCCUGUAACUGGCUCAUAGGUGACUUUGUACUUGUGGAGCCAUCUGUAUAUAAAAACAAUUACUAAAUUAAACAAACAUUGGGCAUGGCAUUGACGCACAUGGCAUCCCCAGGGGUAUGUGGUUAAGAAACAGUAAGUGGUGAAGUGCAUGUGAAGCACAAUGCCAUAAAAGACAGAGCUUUAAAAAUUAUUUUGUUUGUUUUAUUUAUUUUUAUUUGACUUUUCCUUCAGUAUUUGUCAAACUUUGUCUCAGUACUUUAUUUUUAAGUCCAGAUUAUUAUUGCUGUUAAUAUGAUUGUUAUUAUAAUUGUUAUUUAUAUCUGAUCAGUGUCAUUAUUAUAUAUGUGCCAGUAAAGAUUUUAAGUUUAACAUUGUUAUGCAUUCUUAAAGUGCCAAUUCUUAAAAAAAGUUCUAUGUAGUAGGAUCCCUUUUUUCAUAUGUAACUUUUUAUUAUGUAAAGAUCUCAUUUUGUUUCCUUUUGAAUGUCUGUUCUGUAUGGAAACUAUUUAUGUAUCUGUAAUAGUCAGAUAAAAUGGGAUUUGUGUGUGUGUGUGCAUGCGUGCAUGCGUGCUUGCCU